CAGAAGAGGCCUACUCUAGAAUGGGGGGCAAUCGAGUGCUCGCUCUUCUUCAUUAACUCAGUGAUCGCAACUUUUGAUUUAUAUCGAUGCUGGUUUAAGGUAGAACCGCUUAUCCCGUUACCGCAUGUGUUACGUGACAUCGAAGACCAAAAAUAGUCGGCGAGCGCUUAAACUGUGGAGAAAAAGAAGUAAAAAACGAUGUAUCCCAUUGCAGCAGCUGGUGCUGCUGAGCCGAUUCAGGGACAUCAGUCCCCAGAUGUUUCUGAUCCUCCUCCAGCACCGGAGUAUGUCUUCAAACCGCCUCAAAGGCCAGACUUUGGCACAAUGGGUAGGACAAUCAAGCUUCAGGCCAACUUUUUUGAAAUGGAAAUACCCAAAUUGGAGGUGUUCCAUUAUGACAUAGACAUCAAGCCUGAGAAAUGCCCACGGAGAGUUAACCGCGAAAUUGUUGAGCACAUGGUCCAGCACUUUAAAACACAGAUCUUUGGCGAUCGAAAACCUGUGUAUGAUGGGAGGAAGAAUCUCUACACUGCCAUGCCUUUACCCAUUGGAAGAGACAAAGUCGAGCUGGAAGUCACUAUUCCAGGGGAGGGAAAAGACAGAAGCUUUAAAGUAGCUAUAAAGUGGGUGUCCUGUGUGAGUCUGCAAGCUCUACAUGAAGCACUGUCCGGACGGCUCCCAAAUAUCCCCUUUGAGACCAUUCAGGCUCUGGAUGUUGUCAUGAGACAUUUGCCCUCUAUGAGGUACACCCCAGUUGGUCGUUCAUUUUUCACUCCCUCCGAGGGAUGCUCCAACCCUCUGGGCGGAGGACGAGAAGUGUGGUUUGGCUUCCAUCAGUCCGUUCGACCAUCCCUUUGGAAAAUGAUGCUCAACAUUGAUGUGUCUGCCACUGCGUUCUACAAAGCUCAACCUGUGAUUGAGUUCAUGUGUGAGGUAUUGGAUUUUAAAAGCAUCGAAGAGCAACAGAAGCCCUUAACAGACUCCCAGCGAGUGAAGUUUACCAAGGAGAUCAAGGGCCUAAAGGUGGAGAUCACUCACUGUGGACAGAUGAAGAGGAAAUACAGGGUGUGUAAUGUGACCAGGAGACCAGCCAGCCAUCAGACGUUUCCCCUACAACAGGAGAAUGGUCAGACCAUUGAAUGCACUGUUGCACAGUACUUCAAGGAUAAAUACAAACUGGUGCUGCGAUACCCACAUCUCCCAUGUUUACAAGUUGGUCAGGAGCAGAAGCACACCUACCUUCCACUGGAGGUCUGUAACAUAGUAGCCGGGCAAAGAUGCAUCAAGAAACUGACAGACAAUCAGACCUCCACUAUGAUCCGUGCCACAGCCAGGUCUGCACCUGACCGUCAGGAUGAGAUAAGCAAACUGAUGAGAAGUGCCAACUUCAACACGGAUCCUUAUGUACGCGAGUUUGGAGUCAUGGUGAGAGACGAGAUGACCGAGGUCAAUGGUCGGGUUCUUCAGGCACCUUCAAUUCUCUAUGGCGGAAGGAACAAAGCAAUAGCAACUCCAGUCCAGGGUGUGUGGGACAUGAGGAACAAGCAGUUCCACACAGGAAUUGAGAUCAAAGUGUGGGCCAUUGCCUGCUUCGCCCCACAGAGACAGUGUACAGAACUCCUCCUAAAGGCAUUUACAGACCAGCUUCGUAAGAUCUCUCGUGAUGCUGGGAUGCCUAUUCAGGGCCAGCCGUGCUUUUGCAAAUAUGCCCAGGGAGCAGACAGUGUUGAACCCAUGUUCAAGCACCUCAAAUACACAUACCAGGGCUUACAGUUGGUGGUGGUCAUUCUGCCUGGGAAAACACCCGUUUAUGCUGAGGUGAAGCGUGUUGGAGACACUGUUCUUGGCAUGGCCACACAGUGUGUCCAGGUAAAGAAUGUCCAGAAGACCACACCUCAGACCCUUUCCAACCUCUGUCUCAAGAUUAAUGUAAAACUGGGUGGAGUGAACAACAUUCUUCUUCCCCAGACCAGGCCCUUGGUAUUUCAGCAACCAGUCAUCUUUCUGGGUGCAGAUGUGACUCACCCCCCAGCUGGAGAUGGCAAGAAACCUUCUAUUGCUGCUGUGGUCGGCAGUAUGGACGCCCACCCAAGCCGAUACUGUGCCACCGUGCGAGUACAGCAGCACCGUCAGGACAUCAUUCAGGAUCUGGCUGCCAUGGUGAGAGAGCUGCUCAUCCAGUUCUACAAAUCCACACGCUUUAAACCCACACGCAUUAUCUACUAUAGAGAUGGCAUCUCUGAGGGGCAGUUCAACCAGGUUCUGCAACACGAGCUCCUGGCAAUCCGUGAGGCCUGCAUCAAGCUGGAGAAAGAUUAUCAACCAGGAAUCACCUUUGUAGUAGUCCAGAAGAGACAUCACACCAGGCUCUUCUGCAUGGACAGGAAUGAGCGGGUUGGAAAAAGUGGCAACAUCCCUGCUGGCACCACAGUUGACACCAAAAUUACUCAUCCAUCUGAGUUUGACUUUUACCUUUGCAGUCACGCCGGAAUUCAGGGAACCAGCAGGCCCUCCCACUAUCACGUGCUAUGGGAUGACAACCAUUUCACCUCUGAUGAGCUGCAAGUUCUUACCUACCAGCUGUGCCACACCUAUGUUCGCUGCACUCGCUCUGUCUCUAUUCCUGCACCAGCUUAUUAUGCCCACCUGGUGGCGUUUCGUGCACGCUACCACUUGGUUGACAAGGAACAUGACAGUGCGGAGGGCAGCCACACAUCAGGUCAGAGUAACGGCAGAGAUCAACAGGCCCUGGCCAAAGCUGUCCAGAUACACCAAGACACACUUCGCACCAUGUACUUUGCCUGAACGCAGCAAGACACAAGCUCCAAAUCCUCAAAAACAGCACGGUCUGUGUGUGUGUGUGUGUGUGUGUGUGUGUGUGUGUGUGUGUGUGUUUGUAUUUGUGUGUACAAAUAGAAAGAUAUGAGGUUAGGUUUCCAAAUGCUAAAAUGACUUUUAUUAUCAUGUCAUGAAUUGUUAGAGCUGUAAGAUGUGAAUUUAGUCAUUUCUUUUAUUUUCUUUUAUUUGGUUUGGUGGGCAUGAUUGUGUAUCUCUGUGCAUGUCAAAUUAGGUUAACAUGUUUACAUAGUCAAUCCAAAAAUUCAGACUAUUUUUACACUGAAAAAGACAUUUGCAUGGGGAUUCAGUUUUUAAUUGCCAAGGCUGGUUAUGGAGACUUUUGAACAGUAGUUUUUACAAACCCAUCAAACCAAUGGGCCAGGGUUAGUUAAGGACAAUGCAGAUCAGGUUUAGGGGUUGUGGGUGAUGCAGUUUCCACACCUAAAUUAUUUAUCAGCGAAGCAAGUGCACUGACCAGAAGAGGACUUCAGGACAAAAGUACUUAUCCUGUUUUGUUUCAUUUAUGUGUGCUAAUAUGAAUUUUUAUCUUGGGGUCAUUUAUGUUCAAUCUAAGCUCAGUCAACCUACUGUACUUGUCCUUCAACGACACAAUCGACCGAACAUUAUCACUAUCAAUAUAUGCUCGCAUUGGACAUUUUUUAAAGAAGCCCAGAAUCAAAUUUGGAUGUGAGAAUGUAGGAAUUGUUGUGACAAUCAAUCCUCCAUAUACCCGAGCCAGUAUUCUUAGUAUGGAAAUGGCUCUUUUAAAAUGGAUAUGUGUUCAUACAAGUAUUGUCCUGCAAAUAAUAUUAACUUUGGACUUUUAAGCAUUUAAAUGAUGAGAUUAUCUUGUAUGUACGUCAAUUUUUACUGCCAUUCUUCUCACGUCCGCCGUGAUUGUAACAAUUCAAAGAUGUGGGUGGGUGGUUAUAUAAACUUUAUCAUCUUUUUUUUUUACAUCAAGUAAAUCCUAUUUUAUUUGUACAAGCACGUGUUUUAAUUUCAAAAGUCCAGAAUAAUUCCCUAUGCGAUAAAGUUAUGUGCUGUUUGUUGGAGCAUCCCAGAGCAAUAUAAUCUUUGCUCUGUGUGAUGUUUUCAGUGGUGAAGUUUGACUGUACUAUGCCAACUAAGUCACCACACUCCAGCUAACAACACGUAGACCUUGAGGACAGAGAGAAGGUGGAGGCUUAAGAAUGAUACAGAUGUCAGUCGCAUUGUUAAGAGAGACAAGACGAAGUUAUGAUUCCAUACAAAUUUCAAAUGCACCUUAGUUUUUUACUCAGAUGGCCUAUAACUUGGUGAUAUGAUGAUGAUGAUAAAUGUUUUUUUUAUAUAUAUAUAUAAGACAUUUUGGGAGUUCUGUAAAGUCACAGGUUGGGCCAACAGGCACGUGGUUGUUAGCUUUCGUUGAUUAAUUUAAGAGGAACAUUAGGUUUAGUCAAAAUGUAUCCAAACGUAGUUGGAGUUGAAGCGCAAUAUAUUGUAUAUGUUUUUGUGUACCGUUUUAGCGUAAACAGGUUUGUGCCCUCUAAAGCAUAUCAUGACGUGUAGUGAUUAUCUAUCGAGUGUUGUUAGUCAUUAGCUGUUAAUCACUUUCCCAUAUAAUGCUUUGUUUUAACUUGAAAUUUUGGGACUUUUUAACCAUCUUUUUCUAACUAUGCAUUCUUAUCCGAGAGAUUUUAGUGGUUUGUUUGUGUAUAUGAAUUAUAUAUAAUGUAGUCAUUUACAUGCUGGGUACUUUUAGUAGUGUAUAUAGUGCAAACCCUGUACCCACUGUAGCAGUAUUAGCAUACGAAAUACUCUAUUUUUAAUACCAACAAUUGGAUGUUCUUUAUAUGAUUCUCAAUUAUUCCUGUUAGCCAAACAAGAUUACAUAUGUACUUGUAGUUACUGUCCUGCCGUAACUGAAGCACAAUAGGACAUAAUUGUAGGUGCUAGAGUUUAUUCUUGAAACAGCCUUUUUAUUUUUAAACCUUCACCUUUUAAAACAAAAAUCAUAGACUGAUCGGAGAGAUGCGUUUAAUUUUGGAUCUGAGGAAAUUUCUGACAUAUUUGACCUGUUCUUUUCAAUCAAUUCUAAACUAUUUAUAAUGGGCAUUUUAGUUUGUUUUUUUACAUAAUUAACUAAAGUUGUUGUUGUUAUAUGGUGCUGGUCUCGCAACUCGUGAAAGUAGAUGCACUUUGAAGAGCAAUGGACACAGACCCCUUAGAUCUGGUAAAAAACGGAAACCUUUAUGUGGAACACGAGUACGAUUUCUGCGUGUAGUUGUGUGGAAAUGACUAGAUGUCCUACCUCUUGUUACCUGUUACUUGCAUUAUGGUAACAUUACCGCACUGGUCAUUUCCUCAUAAUUACACAAAUGGAAAAGUCUUAUUUUUGUUUCUCGGAAAGUUUCUUGGUAAGUGCCGGAAACACUUGCUCAAAAAUGGCAUUUUAUUUUUCAUUGUCGUUACUUUAGAGGACCAUACCGUGUACCGUUUUAUUGAAAAGCGUUUAAGCUAUGCGUUUAAAGCUGACGUUCAGUGCUGCAAGUUUCAUGGAUCCAAAAGAAUCUAAUUUGCUUUCGAUGAAUUAGUGGCUUGAUGUUUUAAAUGUGCACCGUUUACUACAAAUACAAUACAAAUGUAAAGUCUAAAAUAAAUCCCAUUUUAUCUUUUUCUGACAUUUUUAAAUUGUUAGUUUAUUCAUGUACUCAUUUAGAUGUGUGUUUUAUAGCUUUUAGUUUUUCUUCACUUUAUAGUUACCGUAGUAAUUUUUUAUCACUUAGCGGCAGCAAUCACGUAAAGUUAAAUACAUAUAUACACACACAUAUAUUCUUUGGAAGCAUCAGACUUCCUCUUAGUAGAAAACUUUACAACUUCAUGAACUGCUUUGACAUUUUCAAAACGUUACUGAUUUUUUUUUUGUUUUGUUUAGUUUUUUACCUUGAAACCCGCACCUUAGUCAAAGGUCUACAACAUAUGCAAUUUCUCAACUAUGACAUAUGAGAUGUUUUUGCACUAUCAAAAGAGAUGUUACUAAUUUGCAUGCUGAUGGUCCGAUCCCCAUCAUUUUUAGACUAGACUGCAGAGAUAAGGUGGUCUUACACUAUGCAAAAUUUCAUUUCCAUUCAAAGCAGUCACACUUUUAUGUGUUCUGUUACUUAUGAAAUAGUUAGAAAUCAUCACAUCAUGUGUAAAAAUCUAUGCCACAUACACUUUCAGAAAUAAAGGUACAAAAGUUGUCACUGGGACAAUACCCUUUCAAAAAGGGACACCUUUGUACCCAAAGAGUGCAUAUUUGUACUUGAAAUGUACAUAUUUGUACCUAAUAUUACAACCUUUUUUAAGGGGUACUAUCCCAGUGACAACUUUUGUACCUUUAUUUCUGACAGUGUACCAAUUGAAGUGGCAUUUGGAGUGGUUUUAAGCACACUUGUCAGUCCCCCCUCAAUUGAAAUCAAAUAUCUGUGCAUGCAUUGAGAAUGGGCGGAGGGUGAAGGACAAAAUAUGGUGCUGAUUUUAUACAGACACUUGCAUCAAUCUAUCACGCAGCAUCUCAAUUUUAACUCCUAAGUUGCACAUACAGUGUUAACUGAUUUAAAAUCAAUGCCCCAGAUUUCAAUAGACGCUUAUGAUUAUUUACUUGUCUAUGUUGUGCCGUUACGUCAGCUUUUAUUGAUGACCUCUCAUCCAUCUUUUCUACAGUAUGGUCUUUUGCUGCUUGAGUGAAGCGUAUUUGUAUAUUGCUUGGCUUAGUGUCUUUACCUCGAUGUGGGGUUAGCGUGUCCACAUGCCUCUUCACUUCACACACAUGGUUUGAUAAAUAGUUUAACAUGCUUUUACUUUCUAACUUGGCACCCCCGUUGUUUGGGUAAAUGGAAUUUGUUUCUCAAAAUUGUUAAUGGUAGCAAAUGCCCAAUUUCACCUAGAGGGUUUUAUUUACCCCAUGAUCAUCAAACUAUAUUUUUUCAACUUAUAUUGAUAGCUACUUGGUCGCUCAUGUAUUUCCAUUAUAACUUUGCACUAUGGCAGUCCAUAGCAGAAAUGUAAGUUUUGUUACUGUACUUUUUGCUUUUUCAUUGUUUCUGAUCUGCAUAGACCACACGGAUACUUAAACAAACAGUUCGAAUGUACGUCAUAUGCUUACAUACUGGUCUGAAUAUUCACAUCAUCAUUCGCGUUUAUUUGCUCCACUUUGCAAAUCUAAAGCAGCAUUGAGCCUGAUUAUUCAAUGGGGAUGCUGUUGUGUUUGAUGUACUAGAUUAUCAGAAAUUGAGUGGCGUAAAACUGGCACAAAGAUUUUUGCAUCGCUGACAUUUGUGGUGCAGUACUGUAUAAAGUGUACAUAAGGCAAAGCUUGUUUUCGUGUUUUUGCCAUGUGCUGCUUUUAUGUUUGCCAGAAUUCCCAGUUAUAGUUUUGCCCAAAAGGAGUGACGACAGUUUGUAUUACCAGUAAACAUUGGGUGAUGGUGCAUUAAUCAUGACAAAUGAAAGGUCAUUACAGAUUAAUUUGGGCAUAUGACAGCAUAGUGUAUAAAAAAACGUUGGCUUUUUUCUUUAUUUCCAAGUUCUCUUGUUGAAAAGUCUAACAUGACCAAACCAGUUGCGAGGUGUAAAAGUAUUCUGUUAAAAAAAGAGCACAGUACUGUUAGUUGUCAUUUUACAGGCUAAUACGUUAUUUAUUACAAUAUGAACAUGCAUGUAAGAUGGAAAUAAUAGGAUUUUGAGACUGAUUUAUUAGACAAAUUGAGAGAAUCUUCAUAACCUGGCUUUUUAAACCAACUCUUAAAACUACCUCAGAAUGGUGUCAGGUGCUAACAAUAAAUAUCCCUUAUAUGUAUAUGUGCUCAUGGCAAAGAUCAAUAAUUGUGACCAAACAACACAAGCCUAUGCUGUGUAUUAAGUGUUUUAUUUCUUUUCUCUUUUUUUUACAAAAAUUUGUGGUGGAUCAACAUGAGGGAUGUUUCAGCAUUUAACAAAAUUGCAGGGGACCAAAAUAUGGAAAGUUUCCCUUUUUAAAAUGUAGUGAUAUACUCAUCAGCUUUUAGAUAUAGAUUGUGUCUCAAAUAGCUGUAUUCAUGCAUCAGACUGUUGUUUGCUAUUAAUGGCCGUUUCCACUGGAGUUUUUAAAGGCAGUGGAGCUUAACUCCGGUUGGAUCUAUGGAGCGCAAUAGCUCUGAAUUGGAUUUAAUCAAGUCUUCACAAAAGCUUAAGUUUGGGCGGAUAGUUCACUUCAGGCUGUGAUAAUUGCCAAAAGAAAACAUAGAGGUUGGUGUAGUUUCAUCAGACAGGGGCGAGAGUCAAGUCUUUUGAUUUGGGAUGUGACAACGUCAUUCACAUGUUUAUCACUAGCAUUGUGCCAUAUUACGGAUAACAUACAGGAUAAGAAAUGUCCUCUGACCACUGUUUUGUGUUUUAAUAUGUGUAGUCCACGUUUUCUUAUGAAGCAGCUCGUCGACCUGUGUCAAAUGGCAAUCUAUCAUUAAGUUUUAAUGUUUUCAGAAUGUUACAGUUUAUACUUGAUUCUUCUACUUGAUUUAAAUCCAGUAUUGCAAUAAAGAGUUUGGAGAUGUUGGGCACUCGAUAGAUCCUGAUUUGGUUUAUGAAAGUUCCACAGGGUGGGGUCUCAGAUAAGCUAUUUGUAUUUAAACAUUUUCAUUUAAGAUUUUGGAGUGCUAUUUAUGGCAAUCAAUGUGUUUUUACCUUGCUACAUUUUAUGAAGGGAAUUCAGUUUUUUUUUUUAAUGUCUCUCAAACUCUGAUUUUGGAUACAAUCCAUUCUGAUACACUGGCAUUUGAGUUUCUUGAGAUAAUUUGAUGAAAUGAAUAUGGUACAAAAAAGGUUGUAUGAAAUAAAAUCUAGAUUUUGGUUUUCAUUGGUAAUCUUAUAAAACGUCCAGCGUGUUUUUGUUGUAUGUGUGCCUUUCGUUUUGUUUUUUUGUUUUUAUUUAUCCCACUCCUGAUUGAGGGACUGUGCUUUUAAUUUGACUCUCAGCUCCACAUCAAAUAAUUUGUACAUUUAUCAUGCAACCUUGAGUGAAUGCUGCAUAGAAUGAUCAGUAUUUGUAUUUUGCACUUUCUAAGCAGUUUAAAGGAUGCCCUUUGUAAUUGGGCAAACAGACAAAGAGAAUUUAAGACGAGGUAUUUUCUGCUACAAUAGGAAUUCUAAGGAACCGUGACUUGUUGGCUUUUCCGAAAAUAAAGUGUAUAGUUGUGAAGUACCUCAAAAGCCUGAUAAAUGCUGCAUAAACUUCAUUUAUUGUUUUUUUUUGUGAACCUCAUUUAUAUGACAAUUUCCCAUAUGCACUGUAAAUAUAAUAAUUUGUUGUUGCACUUAAAUUUUUAAGUUUAAACAACUUGAAUUAACAAGGCAUUUCAACUGUCUUGACUACUGAUGAGUUGUUAUAAAUAAAAAACAAAAGUUUAAUGGUUUAAGUUAUUAUAACUUUAUUUUUAUAAUUUAUAGCAACAAUAUCUAAUAGUCAAAAAGUUGAAAUGACUUACUAAUUCAAGUUGUUUAAACUUAAACAUUUAAGUGCAACAAGGAAUUUUUACAGUGUAGGGGGGUUUGAUGGCCACACAUGUUGUGCAAGGACCUUAAAAAUGAUUUUUUUACCACAUUCGAUUGUUGGAUGUAAUUGACUUUUUUUCAAAAUUAUAGUCAUUAAUUGACGCGAUACAUAUUUACCAAGUGUCAAGCUUUAGCAUUGGCCAGUUGAUCACAGCUAUUGGAUAUGUAGUGAUGUCUUGCAGUCAAAAGUUACAGUUGACUCAGGUAUUGCCAUGUAAGGGCUGUAUCUGUUAAUGCCUCUUCCCUUAAUUCCCUCACCUGUGUCUUAAUGUAGCCUUAAAACUGCAUUUAUGAAAACAACAUGGAGAAUAUCUGGCCUUAAAAGUAUGCACUGUUAACCAGAACAUGCAAGUCACUACACAACAGGCCAUACGUUUUUGCCAUUAAAACUACCUCCUAUGUAAGGGUGUCCUGGAACAGACAGAUUGUGUCUUUACUAUUUAGAAAAAAACUACUCCGUAAACUGACAAUCAUCCUCAAUGCAUUUCUUUCUCAUGCCAUAGUUAAAAAAAUCGUUUAUAAACAGUUAAAAUUCCAGGACAUUUUAGUUUAGUUUGUGUAGUUUGAUUUACUUUAUAUUUUUGAAAACCAUCUUCAUGUUUGCUAUAUAAGAGCCAAGCGACCAAAGUUUCUAUUUGAAGGUUUUCUUGCAGUUGUGGUCUCAAACCUCUCUUUCACAUCAGCAAUUUUUCUUUCUUUUAACCUUGUGUUUGCUCCUUCAUAACAUGCCAAAUUAAAUUUGCUGUCAUUCCUGUCAUGGUGAAGUCUUUUACGUCUCAUUCAUGUGUUUUUACAUUCACUGCUAAGCUCCUUGUUGUUGUUUCUUGUUAAUGUACAGUGUGAGCUUUAAUUUUUUUUACAUAUUACAAAAUAUGCUGUAAACCCUGCUAGAACAUAAUGUGAAAACGUAUCAUUUUAAUAUAGUUCACUUUCGCUUGACUGUGUAUUGCAUCAUUUAAUAAAAUUAAUUUCUUCUGAC